AUGGAAAAAAGCAAUAAUAUCACUGUGUUUAUUCUCUUGGGGUUUUCCCAAAAUAAGAACAUUGAAGUCCUCUGCUUUGUAUUAUUUUUGUUUUGCUACAUUGCUAUUUGGAUAGGAAACUUACUCAUAAUGAUUUCUAUCACGUGCACCCAGCUCAUUCACCAACCCAUGUAUUUCUUCCUCAAUUACCUCUCACUCUCCGACCUUUGUUACACAUCCACAGUGACCCCCAAAUUAAUGGCUGACUUACUGGCAGAAAGAAAGACCAUUUCGUAUAAUAACUGCAUGAUGCACCUCUUUACCACCCAUUUUUUUGGAGGCAUAGAGAUCUUCAUUCUCACAGGGAUGGCCUAUGACCGCUAUGUGGCCAUCUGCAAGCCCCUGCACUACACCAUUAUCAUGAGCAGGCGAAGGUGUAACACAAUCAUCACAGUUUGUUGUACUGGGGGAUUUAUACAUUCUGCCAGUCAGUUUCUUCUCACCGUCUUUGUACCAUUUUGUGGCCCAAAUGAGAUAGAUCACUACUUCUGUGAUGUGUAUCCUUUGCUGAAAUUGGCCUGUUCUAAUAUACACAUGAUAGGUCUCUUAGUCAUUGCUAAUUCAGGCUUAAUUGCUUUGGUGACAUUUGUUGUCUUGUUGUUGUCUUACGUUUUUAUACUGUAUACCAUCAGAGCAUACUCUGCAGAGAGCCGCAGCAAAGCUCUUGCCACUUGUAGUUCUCAUGUAAUGGUUGUGGUCCUGUUUUUUGCACCUGCAUUAUUCAUUUACAUUAGACCGGCCACAACAUUCUCAGAAGAUAAAGUGUUUGCCCUUUUUUAUACCGUCAUUGCUCCCAUGUUCAACCCUCUCAUCUACACGCUGAGAAACAUGGAGAUGAAGAACGCUUUGAGGAAAGUGUGGUGUUGUCAAAUAUUCCUGAAAAGAAAUUAA